AAGAUAGUGGGCUACCACCUGUGUGAAUAGUUCCUACAGGUUAGCUACAAAUGUCUUUAACUUUUGGGAUGGACUUCUAAAUUUGAAUUAUGCCAUAAUCGCAUGUGGUAGGCCAUACCACGCCGUACAUAUACUCUGUAGCUAACCUCAGUCAGACUUUUUUGAGUUUUAACUGAAGCGUCAACGCACUACAGGCUAGAGCAUAGACAUAGUAUACAUGUCUAUGGGCUAGAGUCGCGUGACGUCAUACAACUGCGACUUUAGCGUGACGAAAUCACGUGAAAGUCGAAUUACCAAAACAGGAAGUUCCACAACAUGUCUUCUGCUACUAAAGUUAUGUUUCCAGCAUCCCGAGCCCUGUUCAAUUGUGUAUUACCCGGACAUGUUUUUCUUCGUGCACAUGCACGUGUGAUAUCCCGCUUUACACGUGGAUGCGGUCAAUGGGUGAGGUUGUCCCCUACAGCUCGCUGUCCGUUCUCGCAUGGACAUAGGGCGAAUGGGCGAUUCAGUCUGGACAUUUCACAGACGUUCUAUACCACAGCAAGCGUCAGCGGUGAAGCCAUCGGCAGCAUCCAAUCUAAACAUUAUCAGCUGGUAUACACGUGUAAGGUGUGCUCCACCCGAACAUCGAAGAAGAUAUCCAAGGUGGCCUAUCAUAACGGUGUUGUCAUAGUGACGUGCCCUGGAUGCAAGAACCAUCACAUCAUCGCAGAUAAUCUGGGCUGGUUCUCCGACCUAGAGGGCAAAAGAAAUAUUGAAGAGAUCCUGGCAGCCAAAGGCGAAGCAGUGCGAAAGAUUGAAGGAGAUGCUGCACUGGAGAUUCUGAUGGAGAAGUCUGGCGAAGAAGCACAAGAGCAGAAACAAGAACAGGAAACUGCAGCUUUGCCAUGCAACUCUGAGAAAACUUGACCAACAUAUAUUUUUAUAUAUCUAAUGUUUUUUGUUGAUGUUUUUGUCUUUCAGAAUAAAUUAUUGUUUACAUUUAA